GGAUUUGUGUAGCAUAAUGAUUGUUGUGUAGCAUUCUGCAAUCCUGCCCCCUGGUGGACAGCAGUACAACCGCAGCUCUUCCCUGGUGUUUGGACCGAGGAGGAAACGCAGGGACACAGUUCUCUGUGGAACCUUUAACUUCCUGUGACUAGAGGCUCCAGGAUCAGGAUGUCUUGUCUUGUCUCUCUGGCCGUGGUCGUCCUGCUCUCCUGGGGGACGUGGCGCCCGGCUGCAGCUGAUGUUGGUGACUUUGCUCCGUGCCUGAAGUUCUUCUACAGGUCGUGGCCUCCUAAAGGUCUGCUGGGGACCCCGAUCUGCCAGCGCUUCCUCAACCAGUACCGCUUCGCCACGUUGUACAGCCGAGCGCGCCGCUCCCCGUGGUUCUCCGGCUACCUGUACACCCUGCCGGCCGGGAAGAGGCCAGCAGCUUCCUGGAAGUUUGAGCCACAGUUAGCGUACCCGGGAGCUGAUGGCAACAUGACCCCCUUCCCCCCCGGCCCCGUGGACCAGAACGUGGUGGAGAGCCAGGCGGUGGAGCACGACUACGUCAACUCCACCUACUCCCGGGGCCACAUGGACCCCAGCCUUCACCACAGGAGCCACGACGACCGCUUGGCCACCUUUACCCUCACUAACGUGGUUCCUCAGAAGGCGGGCUCUAACGACGGGCCCUGGCAGCUCCUGGAGCAGAGGGUCAACAAAACGCUGGCGGCCUACUGCCUCGGAGACGCCUACAUCGUGACCGGCGUCAUCCCCUACCAGAGCGAGGAGCCCUGGCUCCACAACCAUCGUGUGGCGGUGCCGGAGUACAUGUGGUCAGCCUACUGCUGCCCGAAGUUCAACAGCAGUCUCCCAGAGAAGCUGAAGGACACUUUCCCCACGUACGCUGCCAUCGGCCGCAACGACAGCAACAGCACCGAGGAGAUCGUGCCCGUCGACCCGGCGGCUAAGAAACAGUUCAGAGGUUAUGACGUGAGGUCGAUGCCGCUGGAAACACUGGAGCUGGUUCUGAAGGAGCGGUUCUCUGCGGUCGUCAGUGUUUUCUAUGAGCGCUGCUCUGGAUCAGACUAAUUACAGUCGGGUCUAAAGGAUUUGAUUUUAGUAUUACAGGUUUGUUUUCCUGAAAACAGACACAACACAAUAUAAAGCAACAGGUUUAAUUAUAGAAAACAGGAUGUGAACUUUAUGAAACUUUAUUCUUUACAGAUUCAAGUCAUAACUGACAUGGAAUCACUGACACAUACAUAUAAAUAUAGGUUUAAGAAAUUAAAAUAGUCCCUUAGCUUAGUCUUUAUGUUAAUCUAACCUUACUGAGUCCUUGUUCUGUCCACUUAUCUUAGUUUAGCAUGAAUCAUCCAGGAUUUAUGCUAAGCUAAGCUAACUGGCUCCUGGUUGUAGCCUUUAAUUGAACAAGCAGAUAUGAUAUGAUUUGUGUUUUAAAAUAAAUAUCUUAGUUGCUGAGCUGCUGUGGACGAGCUAACCCGACCACUUAGAAAUAGAUAAACUAAUGCUGCACCCAACACCUGUGACCAGCAGAUGGCGCCAUUGUGCUGUACAUGCCGCACAUGAGUCUGAACAAACACCUUUUAUUAUCUUGUGUUCAACUUCAUAUUGUAAAUGAUCUUCUUCUUCAUUUUUGAAACUAAUAUCACACUGUUUCCAUUUAGCAUGAAGGAACCAGUGUUUUCUACUGAGGCAUAAA